AUGUCUGGUGCCAAGUGUCUACUGUCAAUUAUUCCGGAAGUCGGGUCUGAAUUGAUAAGACAAAUCACAAAUCGGAUGGAUUUGAAGUACAGCUGGAGUGGUUGGAAUUGA